UGGGACAAUCGGGCGUAGAAACAGUGAUUGUCGUGCAUUUAUUACGGUCUUAAAAGCGUGAAAGUUUCUGUUAUAGUCCAGUGGUAAACGAAGUCGCAAUACAAUUAUUGAGAAACUCAAACAAAAACGUUCGAGGUCAGUCGGGAUGUGGAUACAUUUUUGUUGUAAAAAUGUAAAUCCACAGACAAACAGACGUGUCACUUGGAACAAUGUGCGAUUAAAAUCAUCCUCACAAAAGCAUAAUCGUCCAAUGCUAAUUACGUUGUGUUUCGCAAACUCACUGAAUAGAUGGCAAUGGGGCACGUUCGGUGUAGUACUAGAUUUGUAGUAAUGAGCUGAAUUUUAGUAUGGUGAGAAGGUCCAUUCUCCGUUCCUGCAAUGAAAUGGUGCAAAAAGCGUGGGUAUUAUGAUUCCUUGCCUAAUUUGAUGUUGUUUGAGCAAAACUUUGGAUAACUAUGUUGUUUAUGUUGCAAGAAAUGCAGAAAAUAACAACACUGUUGCCCAAAGUUUUGCUCAAACAGCAUCAAAUUAGACAAGGAAUCAUAAUACCCACGCUUUUUGCACCAUUUCAUUGCAGAAACGGAGGAUUGACCUUCUCACCAUACUAAAAUUCAGCUCAUUACUACAAAUCUAGUACUUCACCGAUCUGUCCUAUAGUGAGCAAACGUCAAACAGGAGUAAAAACGAUGCGAGCGCCAUGAGCGAGAGAUUUGCGAACUGCCUUAUAUUUGAAUAGUCCGUUAAAAAGGGAUACAAUGGGAAGUGGGUAGAGUGAGACUCCUGUUUCUCUGUGGUAAAUCCCUACGAACAAACUGCUGUCGAGGUUUUGCUGAAGACGGUGAAUUCGAGCGAUAAUGUUCCGAGAAUCGAUAAUGUGCCAUGUAUAAAAUCUAGGCACCUUUGGCCAGUCUGUGCCUUUUUUUUAUUUAAUUACCUAUGUAUCGACUUCAAAGGUAGCUACCACCGUAGAUGUUUCGACUUCAGGCUGGAUCACUUUUUCGUUCGUUUUAUCGUUCAAGGAAGAAUUGUAUGUACAUUUGCGAUAAUGAUAUCUUUUCCAUUAUCACUAAGGCAUGGUACGAUUUAUGGUUCAGAAGAAUCUAUAUCAUGGGAGUGAGCAGUCGUGUUUCGAGAGUGGAAGCUUAGAUCUGAUAAUCUUUGUGCGCUGAUCCGAUAAUUUCGAUCAUAAGUAAACAUCUUUUCGAUAUAUCGUAUUCGCCAUGGAAUCCUUCAAUCCGGAAUCGCCGUUGAGACAAGAUUUUCAAAAGGAAUACAACAUCAUUCUGUUUGGCGAAACUGGCGCAGGAAAAUCAACCCUGAUAAAUUAUCUCACGAAUUAUUUUAAAAACGGUACACCGGGAAAUUUCAAAAUUGCAAUUCCUACGAAGCAUCACGCGGCAACCGAGGGUCUAGAGCACCACGAAGACAACGUUCAGGAUGCUACAAAAAGUCAAACUAGAGCCUGUACCGAAUACAAUUUCAGAAAACAGGACACGAUAUUCAACUUCAUAGACACGCCAGGGCUCAGCGAUACCGAAGGACCGGAACAGGAUGAUUUCAACGUUCGGCAAAUUAUGGGAGCCGCUGAGCAGAGCGGAAUGUUGACAGCAAUCAUCCUUGUUAUAAAUGGAACGCAGGCCCGAGCUACUGUAACGCUGCGCAACACGUUGUGUCUGUUGAGAAGCUCAAUACCGGACGUCCUUCUGCAGAAUCUCGUCGUAGUUCUAACAAACUGCUCUGUUACAACCGUCAACUUCGACCUGGUCCAUUUAAAACCAUGGACUGUUCCUGAGUCGAACGUUUUCCACAUGAACAACUGUGCAUUCAGUAGACCAGUAUCACAAUGGGCAAAAAAUGAACGCAUGAAGAAAAAUCUGGAAAAGGAUUGGGAAUGCUCAAUGGAAACCAUUAAAGAAUUGACCCAUAACUUGACGCAGCUUGGUAGAAAAGCGACUGAAGCUUUCAAACAAAUGCGCAUAAACAGAGACAGAAUAAAAUCGCAGCUUCAUAGCAUUUUGUGGGAGGUAAAGCAGGUCCAGGAUCUUCAAAACGAACUCGAUAUUAUGAAAACCACUCAGCAACAUAUAUCCACCGACAUUGCAAAAUAUUCCGACUACAAGCGAACGAAACAAGUGGAAUGUACGGAAUGGGUAAGAUGUGAUUAUUACAGUACAAUCUGCACUAAAUGCUGGAAGCUAUGCAAUGAAUGUUGGGCUCAUAUCAAGUCGCCAAAAGCAUUCUUUAGAUCAAGACGACGUUCAACACCGAUUAUUAGUGGCAUAAUGAGUUUUUAUAAUGCUACAAUUGGAGGAAAUUGUCAAUGUGGCCAUCCACCCUACAAUCACUUCGACGACAACAUUAAAUCAGUCAAGAAAACGAAAACCGUCGAGGAAAUUCUCGAAGAUAUUAAAAACGCCUAUGAUGAUAGCGUGAGUAAAAAUGUGCAAAUACAGUCUAAAAUUGGUAGCCUGGACGCCGAUAUCGCUACUCUGAGACAUGCGCUCGAUACAAAAGAGGCGGAAAUCCUGAAAUGUUGUGAUGAGCUGAAGAAGCUCUGCUCGCAGUUUAACUUUGUGGACGAGCUCCAAGGCGUCAUUGAUGUCAUGGAGAGAGAUGCCCGUACGCUUACCUCCACGGUGGCAAGGGUCGAUGCCGAGAACAGAAUUAGAAGCAUCAAACAGUUGGUCGAUACGCUGUCAAGUGCAGGGAAAAGUGACUAGAAUGCAACACUAGUCUCAGGUAGCGAUUCAAGUAUAAUAAAUUCUUAUGUCGAAGAGAAUUAUUUCUAUUUAAUAAUAUUCAGUUUCGAAUAGUUUUUACUCUUAAUUUUUAUAGCACUAUCAUAACAAAACGUAAUACCACUCUACUCGAAAAACGUCUGAUCAAUUUCGACCGGAGGAUCAAUUUGACCCAAGUUUACGAUACUAGGCAUCUUUUCCUCAAAUUGCUCUUAAAAUCAUGCAAUUUUACAUGUGGUUGAUUGCAGUCAGAAAUACAGUGGAUGGCAAGAAUUUAUUCUGUUCGGCCCUCUGUACCACAAUGGGUGCUCUGCUCAGGACUGAAAGUAUAGAGGCUUUUCAUGCUUCAGAAAAUUAUUUGUAUGUUCAAUACCUACGUUCUUCUGUAGAAUUCCUUGAAAAUUUUCCCAGAAAAUCCAUCCAAAAAUCACCGAAGAAACCCCUGGAAGAUUUCUCAGUGAAAGUCCUGGAGGGAUUUCCGAUGAGUUCUCUAGAAGAGUUACUAUUAAGUAAGAUUAGUGUGAUAGUUAGUUUAAAAAACUAUUCAACCUUUGUACAACGACAUAUUCUUAUCAAUUCAGUUAUGCUAAGCCUUGUAUGUGGCGUGACGGCCAACGGAAAUGAAAAACAUACGCACAUAUUUUCAAUCAUAGAGGUCGGUUUCAUGUUAGACAUGACACGAUUCGAGAGCGAUUGGAGUAAUGCAAUACAUAAUUCAUAACAGUCGCACGCGGUGCAAAUAUCUUUCACUGUUUGACACGAGACACCUAGUAGGUAGGUAUGAAUGCAUGUUAUUUCUUCUGCGCUGCUAAUGGCUAUUGACGAGGACAAUCGUAUCAACAAAAACAGGGAAUCAUAGUAAAGCAUUGCCCAAACCGGCAUAUGAUUUCGACUCAUUCAUAAAGUUAUUGCAAAUCGACAUGUUCAAUGUAUAUGGCCUUCUGACACCUGUGAGCCUGCACAGAGGUUUGAGUACAGUACAAUGUAAUUAUUAAUAUUACCUAUUAGGGUUUGUGUGCCAUCAGUAAUCUCACGCUCCCAAUUUCAUCCUAUUCGAAAACAAGCGAUUACGGCACCGACUGAUUCCGUUCUUUUUGUUUUCAUGCCUGCUCACUUCUAACAAAAAUUACAAAAAUAAGAAACAAAACAAACAGUGCUCUAAUCCUUUGUUUUUCGUAGGAUGAAAAUGGGAGCCCCAUGCUUAAUAAGGGAACCAAUACCCUAUCUCCAUAGUACGUACCUACUAUGUUACUUUAACUUUUUCUAGUUGAUAGAAUCCCUGUUUUCCUAAAACCAUUUCCGCAGUUUGUUUCUGUUUCUGUUCGAACUUCUGAAUAAGACUUUGAUAAAAAAAAAAACAUAACUGAAGUAUUCUUACAGUUGCGCAAUCGAUCGAAUAAAUGAUUAAUUCAAGUUAAUGAUCGAAAGGAAUUCGCAUUGUAAGCUGUCCGUCCAAGCUAGAGUUUUCAAUAAUAAAAAGUUGCCAAAGGAAAUGUCAUGUAAUCAGGUGUCAUUUUUAUUCAUAUCACUUUGA